AUGCGAAACCGAGUAUUAUCAGAUGAACGAUUCUCAUGGCGUAAAGAGCCUACGUCUUCUUUUACGAAACAAUGUAUCUCUAAAAAUCAGAAUGCAAUCGAUCAUCAUACGUCUCAAAAUGAAAAAAUUUCAUCAUCGAACCAAAAAGAAAAUUUACAGCUACUGAGUACAUUUUCAUCAUCUGGCAAUUUUACUACUGAUAAUCCCAUGAAAAUAGUAACUAAUUCAAAUGAUAAAAUCGAUUCUCAUACAUCUGAAAAUUUUGUAAUUAUUACUCGACGUAGUUCAAAACCAAGUCGACAUAAAUCUAUACAAAUAAUUACACCUGAAAUACGUAAACGUCAAUAUGAUCGAUAUAUAAACUAUCGUUAUCGAAUAGAAGAAAGUCAACUUUAUUCUCUAAUUAUUUCAUCAAAUGGUGUUGAAUGUUAUGGAAUAAACUGUCAACCAUCUGUAUACAAUUCAUCAUAUCGAUGUCAAAUGAUACCAUUUGAAAAAUCAUCAUUAAUGAGCGAUCAUGAUAUUAAAUAUAAUAUGUCUUAUAUAUCAUUAACUAAUUUACAAGAUAAAAUUGAUCAUGAACCAAAUGUAUCACGAAGAGAUUCGUAUUCGCAAUCAACAAGUCAUACUUUACUACAUAAGACUUCAUUAUUUCUUGUUGAUAUUUUUAAUAAAAUGACACAUGAACAACGUGCUCAAUCUAUCGUUGAAUUGACUAAAUUACAUGAAAGAAUUUCAAAAUCUAAUAUUGAUAUUAGUACAUUACAACGAACAACAUCACUACCAAAUUUAAGUAAAAUGCCAACAAAAUUACAUAGUGUUACUUCAUUGUUAUCUGAAAAAAUACCAACAAAUCUACUUGAAAUGGAAAAUAAAACUCUAUUAACAUUUCCAAUUGAACAACAACAUACUGACAAAGACAUAGUAUCACGAAAUAUCGAUCUAAAGGGAUUUAAUGAUAAACAUGAAGUUGUUUUAAAUGAGGUUUAUAUUCCAGAAUCAUCAGAUAAACACAGUAUUUCAACUCCAGUAAAACUCAUGUCACUUCAUGAAUCCGAUUUAUCCAAAGAAAAUAUACAUAUCAGCAAUAAUCCAUCAGCGAAUUCAUUAUCAAUAAGAAAAUCAUCGUCGAAUCCGGAUUCAAAUGAACUACCUCUGAUCUCAGAACUCCAGCAUGACAAAGUAUCGAAUGUAGACAAAACCAAUACACAAUUAGUAAACCCAUUAGAAGAAAAAUUAACUGGUUCGUCAACAUCUACAUAUAUUCAAUUAUUAAAUGAUGAAAAUGAAGCUGAUAAUAGUUUGAAUGAUGUUACUGAUGAUCUUUCUCAACAAGAUACUAUUUUCUCAUAUAAAAAUUUCGAUAAUUCAUUUAAUUUUAUUUCUCAACAACCUGAUAAAACAAAACGAAUACAACCAUUCUUAGAUAAAAUCGAUGAAGUAUCACAACAAUCGAAAUCAUCUGAUUCUCAUUUGAAAAACAUUCCAAUAAUUGAUGAUGAUACAUCAGUGAUUACUCGAACAAUAACAGCAUCAACUAAUUUAACAAUAACUGAUAACAAUGAUGAACAAUCAAAAUUAAAUAAUGAACAAGUAAAACGAAGUAGUUUACAUCUUGCACGUGACUCACUUGAACUUCUUCGUAAUAAUAUACCACAUCAUAAUAGUAGCAAUGAACAAUUGACUCCAAAUACAAACAUUGAUAGUACAACUCAUAAACGAAAAUCUGUUCUUAAAUCACAUCUUAUGAGUACAGAUAUUUUAUCAACACCGGAGCUUAUAUCGUAUAUUGCUAUUGAUGAAGUUAAGGGCGAUAAACGUUUGAUGGAGAAACAAAUGCGACGUCGUUCACUUACAAUUGGUGGUGGUACCAUUGUUUCAUGUACAAGUCCAAAACCAAAACGUGAUUCCUUAACAUUACUUCAAGAACGUUAUUCAGAAUCGAUGAGUCCUUCUCAUCCAGGAUGUUAUCAUUUAUCUAGUUCAGAUAGUAAACAUGUUGAAUUUAUUCGUGAACCAGGUAAUACUAUUACACCUGUAUUACAUAUUGGACGUGGAGUGAAAUAUAAACAUUUAUCAAAAGUUUGUCUUAACAAAAGUGAUUAUGACGAAAUGGUUCGCUUAAUUAUGAUGCCAUCAUCGAAACAGAAAAGAAACCAUACCGAUAAAUCUACACUCAAUUCUAAUUUUGAAUUAUGUCUGAAUAAUCGUUUAACUGUAUUUCAAAAUUUUAUUCUUAUAAUUAUUCUAAUUUUCUUCUAUAUAUUUAUUUUUAUUAAAAGUCAAUAUUGGCAAGAAUAUAAUCAAAAAUAA